UCAUCGUUAAAUCGUUAUUCUCUGUAAAAGCUGUCUCCUUUCCGAUUCCAAUUUCCACGAUCCUUCCUGCAAAAGCACAGAAUCUGAAAGGAAAAUCGAAGAAGAUCAAAGUAAUCUAUAAUCAAUUUUGGCACGCAAAGUAAAGAGAACAAUAACUGAUUCUGUAUUCUCCUCCCUCCGUCCAUUUGAAUCAGUUACUAUUCUCAUUACAGAAUCCAAUUCAGGUGCGAAGGAAUCUACAGACUAACCAAGUGGAGAGAAGCUUCAGACUACUGAGGGUUUUAGCGAUCUUUUGAGCUUGAGAAAGAUUUUCAUUAGCUUGAUCGUUCCUAUUUGUCUCUCUUUAGAUCGAUGUCAAUUGUCAUCAAUAGUUAUAUGAUUUGAAGAGAGAACAUGCUAUCGAAUCAUCUUCAGGAGGACGGGUUGGAGACCGCCAAGCUUGUUUGGUCUCGGCUGCCAAAUUCAGAAGAUGGUGAACGUGACGUUGGAACAUCGAAGAAAAAUGAUGGAAGCAGUGUGGAGAGUUUAGAUUAUGAAGUUAUUGAGAAUUAUGCUUAUAGAGUAGAACAGGCACAAAGAGGGAAGCUUUAUGUUGGAUUCUAUGUAGUUAUGAAAUGGUUCCUGGCAUUACUUAUUGGGAUUGGUACUGGAUUGGCAGCUGUAUUCAUUAACAUUUCAGUUGAGAACUUUGCUGGAUGGAAGUUCUCAUUGACUUUUUCUAUAAUUCAGAAGUCGUAUGUUGCUGGGUUUUUGGUAUAUGUGCUGAUUAACUUGGGUCUAGUCUUGUCUUCUGUAUGUAUUAUUACAUAUUUUGCACCAGCUGCGUCUGGAUCUGGUAUUCCUGAAAUUAAGGGUUAUUUGAAUGGCAUAGAUACCCAUGGUGUUCUCCUGUUCAGAACCUUAAUAGGGAAGAUAUUUGGAAGCAUUGGUUCAGUUGGAGGUGGUCUAGCCCUUGGAAAAGAAGGCCCUCUUGUGCACAUUGGUGCUUGUAUUGCUUCCCUCCUUGGUCAGGGUGGAACCACAAAGUAUCAUAUUCACUCAAGAUGGUUACAUAUCUUUCAAAGUGAACGGGAUCGUCGAGAUCUUGUAACCUGUGGAUGUGCAGCUGGAGUUGCUGCUGCCUUUAGAUCUCCAGUUGGUGGUAUUCUAUUCGCUCUAGAAGAAGUUACAUCAUGGUGGAGGAGUCAACUUAUGUGGCGCGUCUUUUUUACUUCUGCCAUUGUAGCUGUUGUGGUGCGUACAGCAAUGGGAUGGUGCAAGAGUGGAAAAUGUGGGCAUUUCGGCACUGGUGGUUUCAUAAUUUGGGAUGUCUCAGAUGGUCAAGAGGACUACUCAUUUGAGGAGUUGCUGCCCAUGGCUGUCAUUGGUGUUAUAGGUGGUCUUCUUGGAGCCUUAUUUAAUCAGCUUACUCUUUAUAUGACUUCUUGGAGACGGAAUUCCUUGCACAAGAAAGGCAACCGAGUCAAAAUUAUUGAAGUGUGUCUUAUCUCCUUGAUAACCUCAGCCAUUUCCUUUGGAUUACCACUUUUUAGAAAAUGCACUCCUUGUCCAGACUCUGAUUCAGACUCUGGUAUUGAAUGCCCUCGUCCACCAGGAAUGUACGGGAAUUAUGUAAAUUUCUACUGUGGCAAGGAGAAAGAAUAUAACGACCUUGCAACUAUCUUCUUCAAUACUCAGGAUGAUGCCAUAAGGAAUCUAUUUAGUGCAAAAACUAUUCAUGAAUUCAGUGCCCAAAGCCUGCUGACUUUUUUGGUUAUGUUCUACUCCUUAGCAGUGGUGACAUUUGGGACUGCUGUCCCUGCUGGUCAGUUUGUUCCUGGGAUUAUGAUAGGUUCAACAUAUGGGAGACUUGUUGGGAUGUUUGUUGUCAGUUUCUACAAAAAGCUUAACAUUGAAGAGGGCACAUAUGCACUACUAGGAGCUGCUUCAUUCCUUGGAGGUUCCAUGCGGAUGACAGUUUCAUUGUGUGUAAUUAUGGUUGAGAUUACAAAUAACUUGAAGCUCUUACCUUUGAUCAUGCUGGUUCUUCUAAUAUCCAAGACUGUUGGGGAUGCAUUUAAUGAAGGUCUAUAUGAAGAGCAAGCUCACCUAAAGGGGAUUCCAUUGCUUGAAUCAAGGCCCAAGUACCAGAUGAGAUAUAUAAAGGCAAAGGAUGCAUGCGGAAGUCAACGGGUGGUGUAUUUUCCAUGCAUUGUCAGGGUUGCUGAUAUAGUUUCUAUUUUAAAGAGCAAUAAUCACAAUGGUUUUCCUGUUAUUGAUCACAAGAGAAAUGGAGAAACACUUGUUAUUGGACUCAUGCUUCGCAGCCACUUAUUGGUACUUCUGCAAUCUAAGGUAGAUUUUCAACAUGGUCCUUAUCAAUCUGAAUCAAGAGGUGGUUCCUUGCCUAUCAGGCACAACUUAAGUGAAUUCGUGAAACCUGUUUCAAGUAAAGGAAUAACGAUUGAAGAAAUCCUGCUAAGUCCGGAUGACUUGGAAAUGUACAUAGAUCUAGCUCCAUUUGUUAACUCUUCUCCUUAUGUUGUCCCAGAAGACAUGUCUUUAACAAAGGUGUACAAUCUUUUUCGUCAACUCGGACUAAGACACGUGUUUGUUGUUCCUCGUGCUUCUCAUGUUGUUGGAAUGAUUACAAGAAAGGAUUUAUUGAUCGAGGAGAAUGACGAUUAUGGGUCCUUAGAACUUCAAUCGACUACUGUAAGAGGCCAGAAGAAGCCCGAGAGAAGAAGACAGUUCACUCGUAAUGGAGACGCAGAGCUUCCACUUCUGAACAUGUAAAAUUUUCCCCAAAAGUCUAAUUCUUUGUUCUUCUUUCCAAAUUUUAUUACUAUUCAGUAGUAAAAAAACCAUUGAAUGUUCACUGGAUAGAUUAGCAAUACCACAGGUCAAUGUAUUAUUAGCAAUAGAAUAAGUGUACCAUAUGAGACCAUUCUCUAAAUGAUUUUUUUAUAAAAUAUAUAAUUUUUU